GCAGAAGUAAAAAGUAAACUAACGUUAACAAAAAAGGAUUGGUAAAGCUUGUCUCAUGCACACUAUGCGAUUCGUUGCGACGCGAUUUUUCAAGUAAUCGCAUUUUGCAUUAAAUAUAAAAGUUUGAAGGAGUAAAAUAAUUUUAUCUAAAGGUUUGCAUAUUGUUAGGAAAACUAUAAAAUCACACUUUUACUUUGCGGCAAGCCCUAUGGUCGGAGUGAAGUCCAAAUCGGCUUCGAGUCGCAGCCAAUGAUGACGUCAUUACGUUUUGGAACUGAAUCAUUUUUAUUCAUUCAGGGAGGCUCUAAAUGGACUGAAAUUCGAUUUCAGUAGUCCUACCACUAUUCAGAAGAUCUGAUCCGUAAUAUUUUAUUAGUUGGAAUAUCCAUAUCAAAAUGUUAUCACGAUUAAUUUGAAAUUCGGAUCGCAACGAAUCGCAUAGUGUGAGACAGGCUUGAUCGUCACGCUCACCCUCCGCCGCGUGCGGACGUCACGGUAAUGCACACUUGACCCAAGGAGAUAUCUCCUUGCUUGACCAUUGUCGUCGUUGUCGCUCACAGGUCACUCACGUAUACACGCCCAUGACAAAUCUAACCGUCUACGUAUUUCUUAUUCGCACUCUGCCGUUGAACUCUUAAUUAUCCACGAUGAAUUCCAGCAAGACCUCGGAUCUCAAUAAUAACGAUGGCGAUAAUGACCCAUUCUGUUCUUGGAAAAGUUUGUGUUUGGAUGCAUACUCUACCGAAUCGAUCAUCUUCCCUGUCAGUUAAUUGGAAAGCCUUUUCCGAGAUCGAAAUCGAAAGAAUUGAGCUAGCGACACGAAACGACAGAUUGUGUGUAACAUGGAUGGGUACGUCGUCACCAUCUUCGUCAUCAUCAUCAUUGUCAUCAUCGUCAUCGUUUCCAUUGAUAUGGCUUCGAGACAACUGUCGAUGUCCGGGGUGUUUCAAUGCUUCCACGUUGAGCCGCAUCGCUCCACUUAAAAAUAUAAAUGGCAACAACAUCAAACCCGAGAAAGUAUCAUUGACCGACGAUAAAAAGUUUCUUAUAUUUAAUUGGGAAGACGGUCACGUGAGCCAUUACCCGGCAAGAUGGUUACGAUGUAACGCCUUCUCCGAGUCCGAACCCGACCCGCUAGCCGACAUCCAACUCCAACUGUGGGACGCGUCGACGUGCCGUGAUCGUAUGCGAAAGUUUGACUUCAAUGACCUCCUGUCCAACGACCGUGUGUUAUACGAAAUGUUCCUUGAAGUGAAGGUGCUUGGCAUAGCGUUGAUUGAGAAUACACCCCUCAGGACAGGACAGCUCAACAAGUUAGCUGACAAAGUUGGGUUUCUCUUUCCAACCAAAUACGGUGAAACUUUCCAGGUCCGAAGCAAAGAAAACCCGAGCAAUGGAGCCUUUCACACUGGUGAUCUACCUCUCCAUACAGACUCCGCUUCCUACAACACACAGCCUGGGAUUCAGAUGUUGCACUGCAUUAAGCAAGCAGCACAUGGAGGCGGUAACACCCUCGUUGACGGGUUCAAGGUAGCCAGCGACCUUCGAACGACCUCACCUGACUCGUACGAUGUCCUCACGAAGCAAAUCCUAGAGUUUUACGAUCGUGGCACGGAUAUAUUAGGAGAGUUCUACUAUCACGCAAAGCAUUAUGUGUUAAGAUUGAAUGAGAAAAAUGAGGUUGACAGAAUUUCAUUCAGCGAUCACGGACGGAGCGCAAUGAACCGGAUGCAGGUUGAUGACGUCAUCAAGACAUACAAAGCCUUGUCGUUAUUCACCGCUCUCCUUUAUGCUCCUGAAAACGUCUUCGAGUACAAUAUGAAAGAUGGAGACAUGUUGAUCAUGGAUAACUACCGAGUUCUUCACGGGCGGAAAUCAUUCACCGUAAGCCCUGGUUCAGCUCGACAUCUUGAAGGGGGUUACUUUGAUUGGGAUACUGUCAUGUCAAAACUUCGGAUACUCAAGAAUAAUCUAGAGGAGCCAUAGCUCUUCAUUUGCGAAACAUCGGACAGGUUGUGUCGGUGCAAGAACGCUAUUGACACCAUAAUUUCGCGCACCGCACGGGGGGGGGGGGGGCUUCUUAAGCUGGGCGCAUAAGGGCACUGCGGAAGUGCGUUUCUGCACCAAAGCAAAGAGCAAUAGAUAAUGUUUUGCUGAGGGCUUUCUUGCACAGUGCCUCAGUCGAGAUCAUCCCAUCCUUGUCUGGUUCCAAGUCCCGGGGCCGUUUUAUAAAACUUGUUAUUAUAAAUAAAACAAUUUUGCAAUAACAAACUACGGAAUUUCUUCAAUCUUAUCGACUGAUCGUAUAUUUGUUAUGGAAAUUGUGUAUUUAUUUUUAUAACAAGUGUUUAUGAAACGGGGCCAGGGAAUGGGAAAUGUGGCGUAUGUGCAUUGGAAUUGACUUUACUCACUUGUUAGGGUAUGGGGCACUUAAUUUUGUAUCAGGCACUUGCGUAAAUCAUGGCUGGGGGAUAUAUCUCCCCUUUCGGAGGGAGGGAGAUAUGGCCUGUGCAAACAUCCCAUAGAGAUGUAUUACUUGUUUAUUAGUUAUUAGUAUAUAUCUCUAUGAAACGUCCCCACCUCCAAUAAAGAAAUUAUGAAAUUCUUGUUUUGGUCCGCACCAAGCUCAUUAACAAUGCAAAAACACUCUUGUCAUGAAUAUCACUUGGAUAAAAGAAGCUACUUUUUCAGGGCUUGCCGACUGACUGCUUCUCGAAGUAAAGCCGGAGUUGAGUUCUCCGCUUUGAAUCCGGAUUGAAAUAAAUACUAGAAUUUUGUUUAGCUGUGUUUGUAUUUUAUCCUUUCAUCUCAUCUUUGGUCAUGUUGAUGGAAAAUGGUAGUUCAUUAUUAACGUUUUCAUUUCUUUAGCGUGUUUAAUGUGAACAUACGAUUACAAACAAUAUAUAUGUGGUUAUUUUGUUUUUAAUUAUUCCAAAUAGCGGUAUUCCUUACAGCGAGUUGUAGCACAAUUUAUUUAACUGUAAUGCACUAAAAAAUUCCAAGUAUUUGAAAUAAAUCCAUAUCGCCUGUGAAUAGUGACCCGCCGAAUAUUUGGAUUAUUUAAAAUCCUUGGAAUUUCGUGGCUGUACAUAUUACACGUUUGCUUCGAAACGAUGAUUACAAGCUUCUAUUCGUGAAACCAGUUACAACCAAUGCUCUAUUUGCAAUAUGAAUAUGAUUAUGUCAGGGUGUAAAAUUUUUAGGAACUAUGCAGUAACUAGUGACAAAUUGUUUAUCGUGCGACUAUUAUGUUGAGCAACAUCUUUCGAGGUUUUGCACUUUUAGAAGGUACAUUACUGUUUGUCAGUGUUUGCAUCCAUAUUAUUUUGUUCGCAUUGACUAGUGAUUAUCUAAGUGGGUCUAUAUUAUAAGACUAUUCUGCUGAGAAUGUUGCAGUCUGGGUAAUGAACCUGGCCAGAUAUGAGUCGUUCACGAAUAGAGGUGGUGCUAUAACUGCAUGCUAUUAUAAGGCUGCUGGUUCAUAUAUACGCUCUUAAAAUCUGACCUGCGUCAAUUGGCAUACCGUAUUUAAAAAUGUGUUUUAUAUAUCUGAAAGUAUUUGAUUAAUGAAUAUGAUAUGACUAGUUA